AUGCUGUCCAAAAAAAUGAGGCUGGCGCUUUUCCUGGUUUCCCAGACGGCGAUAUUCGCUCUGUUCUUCCACUUGUACAGCUACAAUCUCAAUUCUCUGCCUUCAAAGGAGACACCCAAGCCUGUGCACGUGUUGAUACUGUCUUCAUGGCGCUCAGGUUCCUCCUUUGUGGGGCAGGUUUUCGGGCAGCAUCCAGAUGUCUUCUACCUGAUGGAGCCUGCCUGGCACGUGUGGACAAGCUUUACUCAGAGCACUGCCUUGAAGCUGCACAUGGCAGUGCGGGACCUGGUGCGCUCUGUCUUUCAUUGUGAUAUGAGUGUCUUUGAUGCCUACAUGAAACCUGGUCCCCGGAGACAGUCCAGCCUCUUCCAAUGGGAGACAAGCCGGGCCCUGUGUUCCCCACCUGCCUGCAACAUCCUCCCAAAGGGUAGGAUAGUGUCCCCAGAGCACUGCAAGGUUCUGUGCUAUCGACAGCCCUUCGAGAUGGUCGAGAAGGCCUGCCGCUCCUACAGCCAUGUAGUGCUAAAGGAAGUGCGAUUCUUCAACUUGGAGCCUCUCUACCCUCUGCUCAGAGACCCAUCCCUCAACCUGUACAUUGUGCACCUGGUGCGGGAUCCCCGGGCUGUAUUCUCUUCCCGAGAGCAUACCACAGUGGAACUCAUGACUGACAGCCGCAUAGUGUUAGGCGAGAAGUUGCAACAACUCAAGAAAGAGGACUGGCCCUAUCAUGUGAUGCAGACUAUCUGCAAAAGCCAGUGGGACAUCUUUGAGGCUGUCCAGCUCUUGCCCAAAGAACUGCAGCAGCGCUACCUGCUGGUUCGCUAUGAGGACCUGGUCCGGGCCCCCGAGGCCCAGACAGCCCGAAUGUAUGACUUUGCAGGCUUGAAAUUCUUGCCCUGGCUUCAGACCUGGGUAAAAAACAUCACUCAGGGUAAGGGUAUGGGUACACACGCUUUCCAAACAGGUGCUAGGAAUGCCCUCAAUGUCUCCCAGGCCUGGCGUUGGACCUUGCCUUUCGAAAAGGUCACUCGACUUCAGAAAAUCUGUUAUGAUACCAUGACGUUGCUGGGCUACCGUCACGUCAUGUCUGAGCAAGAGCAGAGAAACCUGUCACUGGAUAUUCUCUCUACCAGGAGUCUCUUUGAGCAAGACGACCAAGAGGGUUGA